AUGGAGCUUAUUAGCGGGAACGUGGUUGAUGAAACCGAAGCGUUACAGAGAUUUUUUGAGGGUCAUGAUAUUACCAGCUCCUUGGAGCCAGCGAACAUUGACACCAGUAUUCUGGAGGACUACAUCACUAAGGAGGACUACAUCAGUAAGGAGGACGACAGCACUAACAUCUGUUUCUCUGAGGUCCACAGCGGUGCCCCAGGCCCUAACUCCUACUCAUCAACCCAGGCCGGAGAUUCCUCUUCUGGGGGUUUGCAGUGUGGCGUGAGCCCCACUAUUCUCCUCCUUCAGGGAAACCCCCACCCCCACCCCCACCCCCAGCCCUGCCAAACACCCUACCCCCCGUCCCUGGGUCUGCUGAGACACAACAACUACCCCUGCCAGGGGCAACAGAACCACCAGCAGAACCACCAGCAGCAGCAGAACCACGUCAAGCCUGAACACAGAGGACACUACGCACCAGGGACGCUCCCUGAGUCCCCCCCAGACUCCAGCUCUGAGCCAUACUCCCCUCAGCAGGUCAAUGACAUUCACAUGCUGAGGACCAUGACACCAGAGAACAUGUGUCACAUGACCCCGCCGCCGCUCCCCCCGCACGGCCACGGUUAUCCCAACAUGCACCGGGACAUGUACAUGAAGCCUGAGCCAAUGAUCUCGCAGUACCCCAUUGGUCCCGCCUCCAAUGGGAGUGGCCAGGACCUGCAUCAGAGCCAGAUGAUGCAUCAACUAUUGCAACACCCACAACAGGGGCAAGAUGGGAUACCAGUCCACCAUGCGAAGAAGAGGAAGCAUUCGGACUGUCCUAACAGCACCCUCAACUCUCAGAUCCUCACAGGUAUCAUCAAACAAGAGCCAGGUUUGAUGGUGGAUGCUGAUAACUCGUACCUGGACCCUAACUACCAGUGUAUAAAAUGGCAGCCGCACCAGCAGAACAAGUGGACUCCGCUGUAUGACAUCAACUGCAAAGAGCUCCCGAUGCCCACCUAUCGCGUUGACGCUGAUAAAGGCUUUAACUUCUCCCUGGCGGACGACGCCUUCGUGUGUCAGAAGAAAAAUCACUUCCAGGUCACCGUGUACUGCGGCAUGCUGGGAGAUCCCAAGUACAUCAAGACCAGCGAGGGCCUCCAGCCUAUCGACUGCUUCUAUCUCAAACUCAAUGGGGUUAAGCUGGAAGCCAUGAACCAGUCCAUCAACGUGGAGCAGUCCCAGUCAGACCGCAGCAAGAGACCAUUCAAACCAGUACUGGUGACACUACCCCCGGAGCAGGUUACCAAGGUAACAGUGGGACGACUACACUUCAGUGAGACCACAGCCAAUAACAUGAGGAAGAAAGGCAAACCCAACCCUGACCAGAGGUACUUCAUGUUGGUGGUGGCGCUGCAGGUCCAGGCCCACAGUCAGAGCUUCACGGUGGCCGCGCAGGUGUCGGAGAGGAUCAUCGUCAGGGCGUCUAACCCAGGUCAGUUUGAGAGUGACAGUGAGGUUCUGUGGCAGCGCGGCCAGCUGGCUGACUCAGUCUACCACCACGGCCGGGUCGGCAUCAACACCGACCGGCCAGACGAGGCCAUGGUCAUCCACGGCAACCUGAAGGUCAUGGGGUCACUGGUGCACCCUUCGGACAUACGGGCUAAAGAGAACGUCCACGAGGUGGACACUACAGACAACCUGAAGCGGAUCAGUCAGAUGAGGCUGGUUCAUUAUCAGUACAAGCCAGAGUUUGCUUCCAGCAUGGGCAUAGACACCAGCCCAGAGACUGGAGUGAUAGCUCAGGAUGUGCAGCAGAUCCUGCCUGAAGCCGUGAAGGAGGGAGGAGACGUGAUCUGUUCCAAUGGAGAGACCAUCCCAAAACUACUGGUGGUUAACAAGGACCGUAUCUUCAUGGAGAAUGUUGGUGCAGUAAAGGAGCUGUGUAAACUGACUGACAACCUGGAGACUCGUAUAGAUGAGUUAGAGCGCUGGAGCAGGAAGCUGGCCAAACUCCGUCGUCUGGACAGCAUGAAGAGUACUGUCAGCGGAGGCACCAUCAGCCAAUCAGGAAGCCAGUUCAGCAGGACAGGAAGUGGUCCCCUGAAGAAGAAGACAGUCAAACCUGGGAGCAAGAGUCCAACUCCAAAGCAGGGCUGCAUCAGCCACAGGUUCAUGCAGGGAACCAUUCUGGCUCUAGUCAUCGUCAUGGCCUUCAGCGUCAUCUCCAUGUCCGUACUCUACGUGUUGACACUGCACCACAGAGGGGACGUCAUCGAGAAAGACGGGUCCAGGUCUGCAGUGGAAUCAUCUAGAAGGGUGGCCUCCGCUCCUCGAUCCACCACCUCAACACUUCAAGAUACAGUCCCACCCUCUCCUUCACUGGCCAAUCCUGCAGCUUGCUGUCCACCUGCCACAAACAACCAGUCAGCAACUGCUCUGUCGCCAAGCAACAACCAGUCUACAUUGGAGCUGAGUAGUCUGGUCCCAACGCUGGGCGGUAUCAACAAGAAGGCCAGGUCCAGGCCUAUGGACAAGGACGGACACUAUCGGAACCGUCUCAGCCACACCUCCGCCCCCAUGUACCUGUCCAAGGCUAAGAGACCCGCCCCCGGGGGGGACCUGGGGGGCGUAGGAGGGGCCACCAAUCGGCUGCCUGGAGGCCAGCAGACACUGCCCCUGCCUCGGAGACAACGCAGGGACAACACACACAGCAGCACAGAGGAGGAAGCAGGACGAAGAUCUUCUCCCUCCCUUAUAGAUCUGCACAUCCUGGAGACAGACCAACAGAUGUCAUCACACAACUGUCCACAUCCCGACAGCUGCAGCUAUUCCGUGUCACUCCAAGGAACCAGGAACUCCUCCACGUCCCGAAUCACUCUACACAUGACUUCCAGUGCCAGUGUGUGGGUCAGACAGUGUGGAGCCACCAGAGGACGUCUGUGUCCUGACCACACAGAGACAGAGCUCUAUGCCGGAGAGAGAACAGUUACCAAGGGGACAGAUCACCUGUGGUCAGUACCUGUACUGUCAUUCCAGGACGUCACCUAUCACUUCAGAGUGGCCCAGUCUAGGAAAGUGCGGUGUGGCGUCGAGGAGGGGAACGUAUCCGCCCCCACCACACCACCAUACUCGGACUAUUACUUCCUCAUUCAAAGCAGCUGCGAAUGAGAGGACAGGGAACCAAUCAUGCAAACUAGUAUGCUGCUUUGAACGUAUCCCGAACGGACCCAGGGUAUCUUAACUACUACACCUCCACCACAACUCCUAUCCACCACAACUCCUAUGCACCACAGCUGAUAUCCACCACAGCUCCUAUCCACCACAGCUGAUAUCCACCACAACUCCUAUGCACCACAGCUCCUAUCCACCACAACUCCUAUGCACCACAGCUCCUAUCCACCACAACUCCUAUGCACCACAGCUGAUAUCCACCACAACUCCUAUGCACCACAGCUCCUAUCCACCACAACUCCUAUGCACCACAACUCCUAUCCACCACAGCUCCUAUCCACCACAGCUCCUAUCCACCACAACUCCUAUCCACCACAACUCCUAUCCACCAGCCAAUUUAUAGCAUCCUUACACAUUUUACUGAACUUGUUUCGUAUCUACACUCUAACCAUUCCUUAUGACUGAAAACAAAACCCUGUUUUGAACGAAUGGUUAAAUGUUUAAUACACUGUAAAUUACAUUUGGUUCUAGAACACUGUGGCUUCGUCCCAAAUUGCACCCUAUUCACUAUAUGGAGCACUACAUGGGGAAUAGGGUGCAAUUUGGGACACAUACUGUGCCUCGGCAAAUGAUAGGGGAGUCACAGAUGAUCUCAGUGGCAUAUCACGAGUAACGUUAUAUCACAGAUGAUCUCAGUGGCGUAUCACGAGUAACGUUAUAUUACAGAUGAUCUCAGUGGCGUAUCACGAGUAACGUUAUAUUACAGAUGAUCUCAGUGGCGUAUCACGAGUAACGUUAUAUCACAGAUGAUCUCAGUGGCGUAUCACGAGUAACGUUAUAUUACAGAUGAUCUCA